AUGAUCGAGAUCACCCAGACCCCCUUGGAUAAUAAAUCAGCCCCGCUACAAGUCCCCGGCCUCAAUGAUCUUCCCAUCAAUGUAUUACUCGCCCACGAUCAAUUCGCCACAGGCACGAAUGAGUGGCGCGCUCCCAUUCUCACGGUCAAAGAACUAGCCAUGCUAAAUUUAAUCAACUCCAUCACCGACCGACCGGAUUGGCACCGCGACAUCUUUGACCAGCGAGUUAUCGCUCAAUGGCGAGAAGACGCUGUUGCAUCGUCGCCGCUGAUCAAUGACAAAACGUGGGAUUGGUGCUUGCAAGAACUGCAAGACAAGGCUCAAAAAUUCGAUCGAGAUGGCAGUUCCGUCGUCUUCAACACGAGCAGCGGUGUCUGUAAAUCCGAUACGGCAGUGUCUUCCGACCUGAAAUUACAGCUGUCGAAUUCCGUCGACCUGUUAUCUCAUCAAACUAUCCGCCAGAAGUCAGAGUCAGCUGUGUUGAAUUUCGUCGACCCAUCUCUCUUUCCUCUUGUCUAUGGAAGAACGAAAAUCCUAGCCGAUGGACAAUCGUGUGGAAUGAACGAGCAUUCCUGGUCGUCGCGCAGUAAAGAGGGCCCGAUGGUUUCGGAACUCCCCCAACUGGCAAAAGGGGGGUGGCUACCGUGUGAAGUGGAAUUCACUGGUCCCCCUGGGUCUACGGAUGUUCGGAUUUCGUCUUAUAUCAACGAUCUCCAUCCGACGAAUAGCGAGAUUUACUCUGCUGUCGAGACUGUGAUUUCCGCCAGCAUUAAGCAAUGGAACGACGUUAUGGUUCGUAACAAGUGGUUGAAAGCGGGCGGCCUUUUUAACUGGAAUUGCAUCCACUGUCCGCGUGAGCCCAUGCGAAUACGCACCUACGGAGUCGAGUGGAAGGCCCAGUUCCCUGAAUGGGCGGAAAAGUUGCCCCCCAGGAAAGACGAGAGUAAACUCUCUGCGGAGGAAUAUGAAGCCAUGUGUGCCCAAGUGGAGGCAUACAUUCAGGAACCUGAAUCCAAGGACGAGGUACUCUGGGAUAAAAUCAGAACGCAGAGCAUCCCAGAGGAUUGGAAGAUCCGCUGGGGCUUACUUCGCACAGCUUUGACGAAGUAUGCCAGUACCUUCGUCUUUGAGCACUCGGACCCAGGAACAGUGUACUCGUAUGCAGACUGGAAAGCCGGAAGGACCAAGAAAGCUAUCGUUGGCCCGCCGGACGACGAGUGGGUUUGCAAACCGGAUCAUGAACUGGGUCAAUUCUUUAACUCACACCCCUGGCUGAGACCCUACAGAUGGAAGUACCUCCCACAAGAAGAGGGAGAUACGGAUCACCGGUUCUACACGCUUUCAUUGCAGGAUGAAUUUCGGGGGCAGGGUCUUCAGGUUGUCGCCCGGAUCCACAGCAUCGAGCUAGACCCUGAGACGCCAUCCUUCCCUGGCGAAGAGUGGCACAUCGAAGGAAAUGCAAACGAACAUAUAGCCGCCAAUUCUAUCUACGUGCUUGAUUCGGAAAAUAUAUCCGAGGCGCAAAUCAGCUUCCGGCAGAGGUGUGACCUAGGGUCUACCUGGGUCUACGAUCGAAUCGGUGCCGCGGAUUCAGACGACGAGGAUGAUGACAUAUUCCUAAAGCAUUCCCUCUGGGACCUCAAGUAUAUAGGGAAACUUCUCGGAUACGACAAGAUUCAGGGUAGUCCAGCCUGGCAACGGCUCGGGGAGGUAAAGAUGCCCCCAGGCCGCCUGAUCUCCUUCCCCAACGCCUUUCAGCGCCGAAUGGGGCCAUUACAGCUUCAGGACAAGACCAAGCCUGGCCGCUGUCGUUUCCUCACUUUGUCCCUUGUCGACCCAACCUACCGGCUUUGCUCUACGCGGAACGUUCCACCCCAGCAGACUGGUUGGAUCAAAGGCGAAGGUGUUGAGUCUGUGGUGCAAAUGGAUAUGGGAGAGGCCCUUGAGUUGAGAGAGGAAUUGGUCAAGGAACAUACCAAAAAGGAUAAGGAUGUCUUUGAACUUGCUUCACAUCUCUCUUUUCCUGGGUUUUGGUAA